AAGAGUUUCCGAUCUCAAAUGAAGGCAUUCAACACUUUUGGUUAGGAAUUCAGACAGAACCACUCUCCCAUUUCGACUCAUUUACCGCAAGACUGGCGCCGGUCGACAACAUGCAGGGAGGAAAGACGUCCGCUUUCACAGUAGAAUCACUCAUUUCCAAGGAAAGCUUCGCCGAAACGAGAAGUGAUGACACUCAUGGAUGUAUGACACUGCCGAGGUGCUCCUCAGGAGAUGAUAUCGCUCGAAGUUCGCCUAGUUUUAGCGGCGCCAUAAACAUACCUCGGCCAUUAGCCUUGGAAGGUGCUGGCGCAGGCCACACGAGCGCCUUUUCGCAAACCUCUCAGCUCUCUCUAUCAACUGGAAGAUCUUUUAACAUUCAACGUAACUCGGAACAUCACCCAGACGCACAACGCCAUGAUGACGCGACAAGGACUCGUCGCUACAGGACGGCUUUCACUCGGGAGCAGCUUAGCAGACUUGAAAAGGAAUUCCUCCGAGAAAACUACGUGUCUCGCACGCGGAGGAGUGAGCUUGCAUCUUCCCUCAACUUAUCAGAAACAACCAUCAAAAUAUGGUUCCAGAAUCGGCGAAUGAAAUCAAAAAGGCGACGCAUGGCAUUGGGGCUGAAACCUGUUCAAGCCUUUUGUCCGACCAGACACUUACCUUCUGAUGGACAUCUCAGUUCGGGCCAUCUGUAUAAUGGUCUUCAUUAUGUACCUUGGUCGCCAUAUUCUCCCGUCAGUGGUCCCUUGUGGCCCCACGGAGUUCACUUCUUGCACUGUGAUCCACAUUACCACCCGUUUUCAGUCCCCUCUCCAAGCACCAGCACCGGAUCAAGCUACAGACCAUCGACGACGCAGGCUAACUGUUCAUAUGUCUGGAAAACUAACGAAUAGACGACUAAGAAAAUAACUUAUGCUGUAAAUAUCGUGAUCAGUAAUCAGAAAUGGAUCAAACGUUUUAUUAAAUGAAAGUCGAACUCUUUCCUAUCAGCUCGGGGAGCUACUAGGUCAUACUUAAUCGAAUCACUGUAUUUAUGAUGGAGAGGUAAAUUAUCUAAGCAUUACAUGUUUGAUGUCAUUUUUAAAUCAGCAGAGCA